GCUACAAUUGCAUUGUUUGUAAAUAUUACGACUGGUUUGCCUUAUUUUGCCCGAUUCGCCAAAAAAUUCGAUUUUCACCCUCUAAAACACCACCAAUAAUCCGUGCGAGUGAUGGAAACCGUUGCGGAACAGCGGACCGCUAACAAGGAACCAAAACCCCGACCGGAGGUGGAGCAGCUUCGUUUCUACGUGGAAAACUUCGAACGCCUCUGUCGGCUGUGCUUGACCAACGAGUGUCUGGUCAAUGUCUAUUCGAACGUUCAGGGCCGGAAUGUGUUUUACGUGCGGAAUUUCGUUAAGGAGGCCUUCCGGCUGCUAGAGCAAACGAUCAACAAAAAGGAUCGACUGCCAAAUUUCAUAUGUGAAAAAUGUGAACGAAAUCUGAACAUAAUUCACAACUUCAAGAAGAAAUGUGACCAGUCCAGACGAAUCCUGGAGAAGGUUCGAGACAAAACCAUUGUGCCGGAGGAUUUGCUGAAGAUUGAGCAAGGGCAUGUGUACGAGGAUAAACUCGGUGAUAAGGCUGUUACUCGGAACUGCAAUAAGACAAAACACAAGAGCGACUCGAAUGCUGCAGAGAUACUGAAGAAGCUGCCACAAGGCCUCAACGUCGAAAAAGUAAGAGAAGCUGAUCGAUAUACAGUACCCCCAAGUAUUGUCUCAGCGGAACUUGAGGAGAGUACGUUGAAGAUUGAACCGGUAGACAUUAAGCCUGAAGUACUCGGUUUGGAAUUACCAUUCCCGGAGACAGAUCUCACCGUAGAAGUAGAAUUAAAUGAUCUUGAAUCCAUAGUCUCACCCACAGCAGAGCGUGACGAAGAAGAAGAAGCAAGCGAAGACGAUAAUGAGGAUGGCGCUGAACAGUAUCUAGAAGGUGGAGACUCGGACAGCGAUUGGAAGCCAGAGGAUUCAGUAGCAAUUGCAGCCAUUGUAAAGCAGGAAUUUUCCAAUGAAUCCAAGCGGAAAUUUUCCUCCAAACGGGGACGGAGAACAAAAGUACAGAUUUCGAGAGCAGAUCGCUCCCGGAGGCGACAGGAGAAAACCAUCUGCCCGGUUUGCGGAGCGUUGGUCAACAACAUGAAAAGCCACAUGGUGAUCCACGAGGAAGUGCGACCGCAUCAGUGCGAACAGUGUCCGAAGAACUUCACUUCGCGCAAUAAGCUGCAGUCGCACAUCAACAGCGUGCACCUGAGGAAGCGUGACUUCAAGUGCGAAGUUUGCGGAAAGGCCUUCCUGGAGAAGAACAAUCUCAAGGGGCACCAGCGAAUCCACAAGGGCGACCGGAAGUACAAGUGCGAUCUUUGUCCGAAGUCGUUCCUGUUUGCGGGCACGCUGCGGUGCCAUCAGUUGACCCACACUCAGGAUAAGAAGCACGAAUGUCAGGUGUGCGGGAAAAUGUUCCUGAUGCGAACCACACUGAACAAGCAUCUGUACGUGCACAGUAACGAGCGGCCGUACAAGUGCGAUAUGUGCGACAAAGCGUUCCGGACAUCCACGCACAAAAUUGUCCACAUGCGGACGCAUACCGGUGAGCGGCCCCUUCAGUGUAGGAUCUGCGGCCUCGGAUUCGCUCAUCACAAGGCACGCAGUGUCCACUUGAAGACGAAGCACGCUGAAGAGCUGGUGGCCAUGGACAUGCUCGACGAGAGGGGGCAUCUUAAGUUUUAAGCGAGAAGGUAAGCUAAUAACGAUUUAUAGCUGUGCAUGAAUAUAAACGUUGUGAGUAGCUGACAA